CAGGAUGGAACUGUUUAUGGGAAAGUAUUUGUUGCUCAUCUUUUGCAACAUACUUCCAUCUAAAUCAUCACUUUUACGGGUAAUAAUAGCCUUGCAGAUUUUGAAAAUGGUCUCCGCUGAUAUGUUUCAGUCCUGUGAUGGCUUAAAUAGAUAAAUCACAGCUGUGUUGCUCAACAGUCCAUAUUGUUUCCAGUGAAUCCCAUCGAUCUGCAGUAUGAAUUACCCCCAUCACUGCUAUUACUAAGAGCUGAUGAAGGUUUUAUAUGGAGGGAAAAGGUUUGGAAACCAUGUGGAUGAAGUGUGGCCAAACCUUUUCAUUGGUGACAUGUCGGUGGCUAACGACCGCUACAGUUUGUGGAAGCUGGGGAUCACUCAUGUUGUGAACGCAGCUCAUGGGAGGAUGCACUGUCAGGGCAGUCAUGACUUCUACGGCUCCUCAGUGGAUUAUUAUGGGGUGCCUGCUGACGACUCUCCGUCCUUUGACCUCUCUGGCUAUUUCUUCCCCUCUGCUGAGUAUAUUCAGACUGCACUCGACACAGCUGGUGCGAGGGUUUUUGUGCACUGUGCUGUUGGAGUGAGCAGGUCUGCCUCUCUAGUCCUGGCCUAUCUCAUGAUCCACCAUCACUACUCCUUAUUAGAGGCCAUUCAGAAGGUGAAAGAACGCAGAUGGAUUUUCCCAAACACAGGCUUCCUGAAACAGCUGCGAGCUUUGGAUGUGAAACUACGUGAAACAUUGUGACAAUCCUGAAAAUUCAUUUAAUCCCACUGCCCUCCACAAAGGGCAUGUUAAGAGAGUAGAAAAGCCUUGUUGUUUUGGCAAAUUAGUCUUUUUUUUUCUAGAGAAAAAAGGAUGUUUUCAAUAGAAAGGGAAGUAAAGUUACGAGAAUAUAUCUUCGUCUUUGAAUGUUUUAGCUAAUACUGAGGUCGAUUUAAACAAUAACAACUCGAGGAACAAGGCUGUUUGCAUUAUUUUACAAGAGAGACCUAUUAAGUCUGACCUUUGGUGUUUCAUAAAUAAAGGUUUCUGGGUCUAUUAGAGCCUCAAAUUCACCCGAAAACACACAAUAUCACAUCUUUUCUUCUGAGUAACUGAUAUAUUAUGUGGGUCUUUGUAACUAUUACUAUAUUUUGUAUGUUCAGCAGCUGGAGUCUAUUUUUGUGUAGUUGUAACAUGUUAUAUAUUUGUGUUUUGAUUUUAUAUUUGUAUCUUUAGGACUAUGUUACAUCUGUUCAAUAAAUUCAG